UCAACAAUCAUUCACACAACUCUUAAAUCCUCUGUGAGAAAUGCAUGAAUUACGUCCUCUGGUGUAAGACAUCUCAGAAGAAUUCUAACGAUGAAGAUCACUUGUACAACGUUUGUACUCUUCAUCCAAACAAUACAGUGUUUGGCUUCUGAUGAUUCACCAUUUCAACUAACUAACAAGGCCACUGGUUUUUGUUUGGUUAACACAAAUAACCAAUGCAAAGACAUACGCUGGACAACCGGUGACCGACUUUUGGUUCAACAUAGGAACAAGUGCCUGGGAGUCCAGGGGAAAACUGUGGGAAGUGACAUAACCCUCUACGAUUGUGAUGAAACAAGUGAACUACAAAAGUGGGAAUGCAAGAAUGAAACCGUGCUCGCCCUCAAAAACCAAGAGCUUUACAUUGAAGUCACUGCAGAUAACACCGCAGUUCUCUCCAAAACAAUAGGACCCAAUAACCACCUCACAAUUUCAGGGACAUCCAGUGGUGCUUGCACAAGAACAUACAGAGAAUAUUAUACCAUUGGUGGAAAUGCAGCUGGAAUGCCCUGCAUGUUUCCCUUCCACUACAGAGACCAGUGGUACUCAGAGUGCACUACAGUUGACUACACAGAAGCGCAUGCUUGGUGUGCAGUCGAAACAAAAUUUCAAAGUGAACGCUGGGGCCACUGUCCAGUUACUACCAAAGAAGGCUGGAAUGUACACCCAACAACAGGAGCGUAUUAUCAGCUCAACAAACAGUCAGCUCUGACUUGGUCUCAGGCUGAAACCAGCUGUAAACAGCAGGGUGCCUCCCUGCUCAGUAUCACCGAUCCUCACGAGCAGGCUUACGUCAUAGCACUACUAGGGGAAGGGGGCAGUAACCUUUGGAUUGGGCUGGUUCUGGAUCCAGAACAUGGCUGGAUAUGGUCCAAUGGGAGGCCUUACCGCUACAUGAAAUGGGACUCAGGACAUCCACUUCGUAAUCCUGGACACAACUGUGCAACUUUUGAUCCGGCUGUACAGUACUCCUGGCGAAGUUUACCUUGCAGCAAGAAACUUGGGUACAUCUGCUACAGUAAAGCAGCUGAAGAACUGCCUACGCAAGCUGUUGAGACCGGAUUUUGUUCAAGACCUUGGAUUCCCUAUAAUGGACACUGCUUCUACCUCAAUCGGACUCAGAAAACAUGGUCUGAUGCUCAGAGAGAGUGUCGUAAUGGAGGAGGAGACCUAGUCACCAUCCGCAAUGUAGAGGACCAAAGCUUUGUUAUCUCUCAACUUGGAUACGCAUCAACUGAUCAGCUUUGGAUUGGACUGAAUGACAGGAAGACAGAGGGGCUGUUUGACUGGAUUGACCACUCUACUGUCAGUUUCACGAGCUGGGAAUUUGGGAAACCUGCCACAUCCACUGAAAUAAAGGAUUGUGUACUCAUCAAAGGAGAGAAUGGGAACUGGGCUGACCAUGUGUGUGAGGAGAAACAUGGCUACAUUUGUAUGAAGAUGAGCGACUCAAAACCCACUGGAGAUGAAGUGGAGCAGAAUGAAGGCUGCAAAGCUGGUUGGAGAAGACAGGGUUCAUACUGCUACUUUAUAGGGACACAGACCAAAACUUUCAAUGACGCUAGAGAUGACUGCAAGAGUUCAGAUUCUUACUUAGCUGAUGUUUCAAAUGGGGUGGAUAAUGCAUUCCUUGUCAGCUUGGUGGGGUUGAGACCAGAGAAGCACUUCUGGUUAGGUCUCUCAAACCAGAAAAACAUUGAUGACUUUGUGUGGACUAACAGAGACUCAGUGAGAUUUACUCACUGGAAUGCUGGAAUGCCAGGUCACCAACAGGGCUGCGUUGGCAUGACAACUGGGAUUUUUGCUGGCCUCUGGGAUGUGCUCCCCUGCACCAACAAGGAGAAAUAUAUCUGCAAACACCUGGCAGAGGGGGCAGGUUUAACCCCAGCACCACCCACUCUCACCCCUACCAACUGUGCAAUUGGCUGGACUCGAAUGGUAUCAAGAAACUAUUGUUAUCAGUUGUUUUCAGAGUCUUCAAAACAGAUGACCUGGUUUGAAGCCAGAGAUUACUGCAAGGCCAUCGGAGGAGACCUGCUUAGCAUCCAUAGUGCUGCCGAACUAGAAGUGCUACCAGAUCGAUAUGAAGUAGCCUGGAUUGGUCUUAGUGCCCCUGACCCAGUCACCGGUUAUGUAUGGAGUGAUGGAUCCCCACUGCAGUUCCAACACUGGGAGGAUGGAGAACCAAACAAUAAAAACAAUGUGGAAUCUUGUGUUGAAUUAAAAAUACAUAGGCGGGGGAGAAGUGGGUCUUGGAACGAUGUGCACUGUGAGACGACUCAUGGAUGGCUGUGCCAGAUCCGUAUAGGAGUGAUUCCAAAACUGCCUCCAGAGCCUGCUGCACCCGACUACAAUAAGACCUCAGACGGGUGGCUGGAAUGGAAGGGAAAUCAGUAUUAUAUUAACAGAAGAUCAAUGGCCAUGGAAGAAGCUCGUCACUUCUGCCAACAGCAGCAUGGUGACUUGGUAACUAUCAACAGUGAAGCAGAAAGUGUCUUUUUAUGGAAACAGAUAGCCAGAAAUUAUGGGUCUUACUGGAUAGGCCUGACCGUAGAUCUUGAUAAAACAUAUGGGUGGAUGGAUGGUUCUCCGGUGGUGUUUCAAAGGUGGGAUGAAAAUCAACCUUGUUUCCUGAACAAUGAUGAACAUUGUGUUGUCAUGACUACCUCUAUGGGGUUCUGGCAUGAUUAUGCCUGUGGGUUUGAGCACAAGUCCAUUUGUAAGCGGAGUGGCUCACCACCUGCCAAUACCACCGUAGCACCAACAGUUCUGCCAAGAGGUGGCUGUCCACAAAACUGGAAAAAAUUUGAAUCAAAGUGUUACAACGUCAUUAAUAGCCAGAAGGAGACAUGGGAAGGAGCAAAGGCCCAAUGCAAAACAAUGAGAGGAAACCUGGCCUCAAUUGCGUCAAGAGAAGUGCAAGUGUUUUUGACAACUAUAUUGGCAGAGGCGCCUACCACAGACUUGUGGAUUGGUUUACAUAAUAUAAAUGGUAAUCCGUUUUACUGGACUGAUGGGCGACCAAUGCGAUACAGCAACUGGGGCCUUACACACCACUAUGAUGAACCUUAUAUGAGGGAUUACCAUUUUCACUAUGAGGUGGAUUAUGACCUGGGUAUUUCACUGAGGAAAAAGAAAGAGUGUGCUGUGAUGACAACCAAUCCCAAAAGUGGUAUUGGGAAAUGGACAAAAAAGUCCUGCAAUGACACCACUGGCUAUGUCUGUCAUCGAGAUGUUGACCCUUCUAUGCCAGACUCUCCUGAACCAACAAUUUCUAACAACUAUGUCAAAAUACUCAAUGACUCUAUCAAGCUUGUUACUCAACCAAUGACCUGGGAUGCAGCCAAGAAGCACUGUGAAGGCGAUGGUGCCAGUCUGGCUAGCCUGCGAAACGUGUGGGCUCAGAAUUAUAUUGAACUGAUGGCUCUGAAAGCUCCUCUGUGGAUUGGAAUAAACAAAAUGGAGACUAGCGGAUAUUUCAGAUAUAUUAAUGGCUGGCGCCUCACCAUAACCAACUGGGGUAGACGGGAACCAAACAUGGACCGAUCCUGUGUGUUUGUGAAUCAGGAUGGAAAAUGGAACACCGCUGACUGCAAUGAGAACAAGGCUAGCGUUUGUAUGAAGUCUACAGACGUUCCACCAACAGAGUCAAGCGAAUUUCCAGGAUUUUGCCCUGACGACCCAGAAAAUUUCGCCUACAGAAGCCAGAGUUACAGCUGGCUACCAUUUAAGGGUCAUUGUUACCUCUUUGUCACAGAAAGGGUUGAGUGGCCAGAUGCAUCUGCUAACUGUGCAAGAUAUGGUGGAGCUCUUACCAGCAUUGAAGAUCCCUCUGAGCAAGAAUUCAUUGAAACAAAUAUCAGAGUGUAUUAUGACAGCCAAAACUCUUUCUGGAUAGGCUUGUACAAAACUCACAAAGGCAUGUGGCAGUGGUUGGAUAAAACUGUCAUGGACUACACUAACUGGGGUGGAAGUCAAUCUUCUGACAACAGUUAUGGAUCAAUUCGAUCUAUGGAUGGGCAGUGGAGCACAGGCAGCCGGUGGUACGACAGAGCAUACAUUUGCAAAACCCCCAAAAUUCCACGAAAAGCAGCACAACAAACACCUUCAAAAACUACGGUGGAGCCUGGAAGCCGUGGCCACUCAAUUUUGGCAGUUCUGCUGAUCAUUACUGCACUUGCCACUGGGACAGUCAUCGUCUUAUUUCUCUACAAGAAGUCUGGCCGGCACUUACCAAUCCCUGAAAAGCUAACUACAUUCGACAACCCACUCUUCUUCAACAAUGAGCGGUCCCAGCCCGAUCUGGUCGACACCAAUAAACUGGUGGCAAAUGCAGAAGAAGAGACACCUGGGCCUGUUGUGACUGUGUGAUGUAAAUGUCUGCAGAAUCUAUUGGGACAUACAAUGUAUACAUAUUAGAAGAAUCUAUUGGGGCAUAUAAUGUAUCCUGAGCAGAGGGUUGAUGGCAGUCUUAUCUGCAUGACCAAGACUUGUUUAGGAAGGAAAGAGGUUCCAAUGCAGUUGGCAAUAACUGGCCUAAUGUACAGCAGGAAUCUUAAUUCAUACCUUGUUUUACUGUAAACUAUACCUGCUAAGGUGUUCCUACUGGACCAUAUUAUAAGUUAAGCUAGACAGUAUCACCACUGCAUUUCAUCAUCCUUGAAGCAAUUGUAGAUUACAUUUUACCUGUGCAGAAUUCUUGGUGACUCCUAUGAUGUGUUGCAGAUGAGAAUUAAAACAAAUGUAUUAAAAGACACUGUAAAUAA